UGCAUCGCGUGGUUUACACGAAUGAGUAGCGAGAUGGUAUGAUUACGAUGAAUUGUUCAUCUCUUUCAACUUUCCGCCACCAUCGCGUCAAAAAACAAAGCCAUUUUGAAGAUACUGCACAACACAGAUACGCACCACAAAUCCAUCAUCUUCGCCCUAAUCCCUUUCCCAUUCACCGCAUCCCAAACUCCUCAGAUCUGUCGUCGAUUCGCGUUUCGCGCUUUCCAUUUCGUUUUCUCGCGAGAUGCGCGACGCCGGAGCGUCAACUUCUCGCUCCGAUCCCGGCGUGAUUGUCAUGUGACAUGGGUUUUGGAACUUGAUGAGCUCACGUGCGUGUGGUGGUGAAGGCGUGUUUUGAGAUUAUCGUUGGUGAAGAGGGAAUCAUGUUCUGGAGGGACCGUGAGAGGGAGAACACAGAGUUGAACGGUGGGGUCCUAUGUGGCCAGGUCAGAGUGCUGGUUGUUGGUGAUUCAGGUGUUGGGAAAACUUCGUUAGUGAACUUGAUUAUAAAAGGUUCUCCAAUUGCUCGCCCUCCUCAAACAAUUGGUUGUGCAGUUGAUGUGAAACAUACUACUUAUGGAAAUUCAGGAAGCUCUUCUAGUAGCCUAAAAGGUGAUUCUGAGAGAGAUUUCUUUGUUGAACUGUGGGAUGUCUCAGGACAUGAACGGUACAAAGAUUGUCGGUCCCUUUUUUACUCACAGGUUAAUGGUGUAAUUUUUGUUCACGAUCUCUCACAGAGAAGAACAAAGACUAGCUUGCAGAAGUGGGCAGCUGAGAUUGCUGCAACUGGGACAUUUUCAGCUCCUUUGGGAUCUGGUGGUCCCGGUGGCCUUCCUGUUCCAUUUAUUGUUAUUGGUAACAAAGCUGAUAUUGCUGCACAAGAGGGUACAAGAGGAAGCAGUGGGAAUCUUGUUGAUGUUGCACGCCAAUGGGUUGAGAAGCAGGGUUUGCUUCCUUCCAGCGAGGAGCUUCCUUUGACUGAGAGCUUUCCUGGUAGUGGGGGCCUUGUUGCUGCUGCAAAAGAAGCAAGGUAUGACAAAGAGGCUGUGGUGAAAUUUUUCCGCAUGUUGAUCAGGAGAAGAUAUUUCUCAGAUGAAAUACCUUCACCAGCAUGGUCCGUUCCUUCUGUUCAGAGACCAGCUCAGCGUAUAGAUGAAAAUUUCACAGAAGAUGAUCUGUCCUACAAUAGAAGAAGUCUAAGCGGUGAUUCUUACAAAUACAACACGCUUCCCCCACUUCCAGCACAACGCAAUCUAACACCGCCACCCACACUCUAUCCUCAACAGCCAGUUUCGGUGUCGGAAAACUAUAGUUUCCCUAGGUAUUCCUUGUCAGGCAUCUCAGAAAUCAGUGCUGUGGCCAGAACAAAGCGGUCAGAUAUUAAUGUCUGAAGAUUUAUUUGUGUAUUUUUGGUAAUUAGUCAUUGCUAAUACAUGGAUGUAUUCUUGCAUGGAACGAAGUUAUUACAUGUUUAAAUUCUUUGUUCCCAUUGUAACUUCUUAAUUGAUUCAUUCGUUUUCAAGAGGCUUUCUCAGUCGACAGAAGAGCUAAUUGUUCAAUGUUUGGGGAGAAUUUAAAUGAUAUAUGCUCCAUUCUUUUA